UAGUUGCUCAUGAGAUUGGCAUGAAAAUUAGACAACUCAAUGAGAAUCUUGAGAAGAUCUCUAGGGGGAGGUCUGAAUUCAAUCUCCAAAUCAGUUCCCCUGACAAGCAGGAAGUGACAUCUCAAAAAAGUCGCAAAACAUCUCCUGUCGGUGAGAUUGAUAUUGUCGGAUCUGAAAUUGAAGAGCACACCCGGAGCUUGGUUGAUUCGCUAAUCAAGAAUGACAGACGGAGAAACAUUCUUGUUUUCGCAAUUGUGGGUGCAGGGGGGAUUGGAAAGACCACACUUGCUAAAAGGGUAUUUAAUGACCGGAGGAUUGAGGAGGGUUUCUCAGUGAAGAAAUGGGUGUGUGUAUCGCAAGACUUUGAUGACAUAAAUUUGCUGAAAGAUAUCUACGACGGCACCAAGGAUGAUCUUGCCGGGGAUCAGAGUAGGUCCUCGCUUGAGCCCAAAGUCGAGAGCAGUCUUGGAGGUAAGAAGUUGUUUCUUGUUCUUGACGACGUUUGGACAGCAAAGGUUUGGUGUGACUUGUUAUGCAAUACGUUAAAGAGUUGUGCUGCUGGCAGUAGGAUCCUUGUCACUGCAAGAAAUGAACAGAUCACAAUGCAGAUGUUGGCAGUGAGAAUCUGUCGCGUCAACAAACUGUCUCUAGAGGAUGGUUGGUCAUUGCUUUGCAAGAAGGUGGUCUUGACAGGAGAGGAGGGAGAGAUCCAGCAUCUCAAGGACAUAGGGAUGGAGAUUGUUAAGAAAUGUGAUGGGCUUCCUCUAGCCAUUAAAGCGGUUGCAGGGGUGCUGUGCACCAAGGAGAGGACCGGGAGAGCUUGGGGUGGAGUUCUUGAAAGCACCGCAUGGUCCGCAUCUGGGCUUCCUGAGGAGGUCAAGGGAGCACUAUAUUUGAGUUACGAAGACCUACCAAGCUAUCUGAAGCAAUGUUUUAUGUACUUCUCAUUAUUUCCUGAAGACUAUAUAUUCAAAAUGAAUCGUAUUACUCAGCUUUGGAUUGCUGAGGGAUUUGUGAAUGCCGAAGGGAGUUUGACGAUGGAAGAGACAGCAGAAGAGUACUACACAGAGUUGAUUAUGCGAAAUUUUCUACAGCCAUAUGAUGAGGAAGAUCACUACAGAGAGUUGACUAUGCGAAAUCUUCUACGGCCAUAUGAUGAGCGGCCUUGCCAGAUGCAUGACCUGCUGCAUUGUCUUGCUCGGAAUCUAGCACGCGAUGAGAGCUCGGUUGUCAGUAAGGUGGACGAAGUAGGCAGCAGUAAUGGGCCGAAGAAGCUGCGCCGUGUAUUUGUCAGCAACGCGUGCGAAGUUGGCACUAACGGGACAAUGACGGAAAUCGCUGAUGUCUUAGUUAAAGAGGACACACUGAGGACUCUAAUGUGGAACAUGAGGCUCAUGACUGAGACUCAGAUGGAUGUUGUUUUUGAUAAACUUUCUCGUUUAAGAGUGCUGGAUAUGUCUCGCUCGAAAAUCCAAAGAUUGCCAGAUUCUUUCGAUAAACUAAUACACCUGAGGUACCUAAAUAUCUCAGGGACCAUGAUAAGCGUGAUACCGGGAACCAUAGGGAAUCUUAAAAAUCUACAGUUCUUGAAUAUCUCUUUUUGUGGGUCCCUCUCUCGCCUUCCCAACUGUAUCGUGAAUUUACACAAUCUUAGGAGUCUCAAUCUUGAUGGUACAAGGGUGGUUGGGAUGCCGGUAGGGCUUGGGACGCUUCAAAAUCUCCAUACACUCAGAGGAUUUAAUCCGGCGCCAAGCAAUCGGGCAGAAGGAUGGUGCACGAUGGAAGAAUUGAGAUCUCUCUCAUGUCUCAUGGAUCUUUCAAUGAGGAGGCUGGAGUGCAUAUCCAGCAGCUCCGAGGCAAGAGCAGCCGAACUUAGAAACAAACCCAAGCUUGGGUCUCUCUUCCUAUGUUGCACUCGAGUCCGUCAACCCAGCGAGGAAGAGACGAGGAGAAUUGAGGAGGUGUUUGAAGAGCUCCAUCCCCCACGUUCCUUGGAACAGCUGUGGAUCGAGAAUUACUUCGGUCGUGAUUUCCCAAAAUGGAUGGCAGAGACAUCUUCAUCAACGUCAAUUCUUUUUCCAAAUUUGAGGAUGCUAUUUCUAAACCAUUGCAGGUACUGUGAGCGGCUUCCACCCUUCGGGCUGCUCCCUGUUCUAGAAUAUCUUGUGAUCUUGAAUGCUGAUUCAGUCAUAAAUAUUGGACCUGAAUUUUCAGUUGGUAUUAGCAGUGGCGGCGGCAGAGCAGGAGUAGAUACCCCCAAGUGUGCGUUCCCCAGGCUGGAGACGCUGGCGUUUGGUCGUAUGUCUAAUUGGCGGGAAUGGCAUUGGGAUAAAGGAGCACAAGCAAUGCCAUGUCUAAAGUAUCUGUUCCUUGUUAAUUGCCCCAAGUUGAUGUCUCUUCCCGAGGGUCUCCUGCUCCACGCAACCUCCCUCACAAAAUUGGGGAUAUGGAAUGCCGGCAGCCUAACAACAAUUGAGAACCUCCUUUCACUCAAAGAAUUGGAUAUACUUGGUGCUCGCAAACUGCAGAAAGUUUCGGACCUCCCUGCGCUCACAACCCUCGAGGUCGACGAUUGCCCGAAAUUGCAAGUGAUGGAGAAUGUUCAGUCUUUGAAGAGGAUGAAACUGGUCGACCACGAGAUGAAAUCGCUUCCGUCAUACUUACUGAUCAAAGGAGUACAUACAGCUCAUCUGGAGGAGAUGGAGAUCCGGUGCAGCAUGGAACUGAUAAGAAAGAUUUGCCGAAGGGCCAGCCCAGAGUGGCCAACAAUCCGAGACAUCCAGGAGGUGCAUGUAUACUCAAAGGAUAGAUCGGUGCAUGUCUUGUAUAACAAGUCCCCCUUCAGCUUCACCACAAAUGUCAACGACACCACCACCAGCAGUAGUUCCGAGAUGCCCACAAGCAGCAGUGGCACCGCUCUCUAAUCUGGGCCGCCUCCACACUCCCUUUCAACCAUGGUUUCUAUUCUUGAAAGAUACAAUGAUGUGAUCCACUUAUCUAUGUAUAUCUCUUGCCCAAUGUUGCAGAACCUUAGAAGAACGAUAGUCGUUCAUGUUGCUGUCAACAAGUCCAAAGUUCUGGAAAAUGAAAAGCCGGAAUGGCAUCUCGUUAAAGCUAUAUAGGAUUUCAACUUCCUAAAGAAGUUUAUGGGAUGAGAAGAAUGGGAACUGGGAAGCUAUGAAUUUAUGACUCUCUGGAAAGCUUAAAUUGUCAUACCUCGUUAUUCUUAGGACCAAUAGAAAGUUAUUCAUGGGAUAACAUUUUGUGAGCUCUUAUAUUUUAUGGCCUUCAAUGCCUUCGUUGCUCUCCUAAUGUAUGUUUUGACAAACAGUUCUAAAAUUUUGACUCUGUCUUAAUUGAUUGA